AUGGUCUCCCUAGCCACGACUUCACGCAAACCGGCGCUACUGGUCACACCCACGAUAUCUCGAUCUAAAAUGCUUCCGGCUUCUUCUCCAGUCCCGAUUCUCAAAAACCCGAAGGCUCCUCCUGUGGUCGCCGGCUCGAAACGCAAAAUUAGCGAGAUGGACCUCCCCCUAUCCCCGUCCUCAUCCCAGGCCGAUGACGCGACAGAAGCCCUUCCUCCUACCAAGAAGCGACCCCGCGUACAGUUCGAUCAAGAUGUGAAGAUAUAUGAGGAUACAUCGUCGGAGAAGAGUCUGACAUUCAUUCGAGAAGAGAUGCGCCGGGCUAUCCACCGACAUGUUACGAUGUCAGAAAGCGAGGGCUACGACCGAAUCAAGGGAAUGUUUUCUGCCGAUCCAACAAAGCAAGACGAUGACAGCCUGCUUGCAUAUGAAUCACCAACACACACAUCUUUGAAAAACCACCUUCUUGGUCUGAUCUCGCAUGUUGCCUCCUUGGACCGCUCCUGCAGCGGACUGGUCCAUGCCAUCAUCAACAGCGAGUGGCUCGGACGGGACGAAUCCUACGUGAAGCUGUAUAUCCGGUUCCUGGGCAACCUUGCCGCCGCACAGGGUACCUUCCUUGGUCCCGUCUUGAAGAUGUUAGCCACAAAUCUCGGGUCCAUCCCUCGAAGACGCGGUCGACUCCCUGGCUACGCUGUCGUGACACCAUCCGAAAUGCAUACUCGAGUCCACAUGGCAAUGCGCCAUGUGCUGCGGCUCAUCCCGGCCGGUAGUGGGUCACUCUCCCCGAUUUUGUCUGCCCAGUUUCCCUUCGACACAGACCCAGCUAGCGCGAACAUUGCCUAUACCCGCAAUCUCAUCCACAUCAUUACUUACGCCCCAGAGCUUCAGUCCGACAUCCUGGCGCUUAUUACCGAGAAGCUUGUCAAGGUCGACGUUGAAAUUCAGGUUGAUAUGGAGGACUUUGAAGAGGAAGUCGGCGAUGAAUUUUUGCAUGAGAUUGAUGAUUCGGAUGACGAUGAUGAUGCCUCGGUUUCCAGCGAAGAUUCGGAAGAGGACGACAUGAAGGGGCCUAAGAAGAUCAAGGAUAACAUUCUCAAAGUGGACGGGAUGAUUGACAUCCUCUUCGAAUACUUCUCACCCCCGUUCACCUCGGGCACCCUGGAUGAUAAGGAGAAUGCGCUAGACCUGCUCCUCAGUCACUUCCAGACGAUCAUCCUCCCUACAUACCGAUCCCGUCACUCGCAAUUCCUCUUGUUCCAUUUCUCCCAGGCUUCGCCCGUGCUCGUGGAUCGCUUCGCAGCCACAUUUGUACAGCUCAUCUUCAACAAGCUGCAGCCCAAUAUCCUGCGCCAGUCAGCAGCCGCAUACCUGGCCAGCUUUGUUGCCCGUGGUGCCCAUAUCUCGGGAGAAGUUGUUCGCGACGUCUUCGAUCUCCUCCUCACACACCUCAACAGCCUACGUAUGGACUAUGAGGACAGCUGCCGCGGGCCCGAUCUUCGUCGCUACGGACCUUUCUACUCCACCGCCCAGGCUCUGCUGUACAUUUUCUGUUUCCGGUGGCGCGAUCUGACUACCGCUGCCGUCGAUGGUGAUACUGCGGCUCAGGUGGACGAGCUUGAGCCGGGCCAGAUCGCAUUUCCUCCCAACAUCAAAGAAUUCCUUCACAAAUGCAUCUACUCGCGAUUGAACCCGCUCAAGGUAUGCUCGCCGGCCAUCGUCGCCGAAUUCGCCCGUAUCGCCCACCACUUCCAAUUCCUAUACGUCUACCCUCUCCUUGAGACCAACAAGCGCAUUCGCGUUACUGCCUUCAGGAGCAUUUCCAAUCUCUCAGAUCCUCGCUUCAACCAUGUCGGCCGCGAGAUCCGCGCCGGCGAUCAUCUCGGCUAUCAACUGGAUGCAUACUUCCCCUUCGAUCCCUACCAGCUUCCCCGUAGCCGUCGCUGGUUGGAAGGUGACUACGUCGAGUGGCGCGGUAUUCCAGGUCUCGACGGGGGAAACGAGUCAGACAGCGGAGUUGACGAGUCCGAUGAUGAAGACGGCGAGGAUGCCACCGAGACCGACGAGGAGUGA